CCACAUACGUCAAUAUCUUUCCUUGUUCUUGCUAAACACACACACAAAAAAAAAGAGACAAUAAUCUCAUCGUUUUCCAAACUGAAAGUCCCAAAGAAACACGCAGACCCAGCUUGCAAGAAACCCUAUCCUGCAGAAAGAGAAAGAGAAAGUGAAGAAGUGAGAGAGAAACAAGAUGGAAGGAUUUGUUAGAGGAGAAGGGAAAGGGAAGGAAAUAGAAGCAAUAGAAGAAGAUAAUUGUACAAAUAAAGGCACCACCAUAUUUCAUGUUAUUCACAAGAUCCCAGCUGGUGAUACUCCUUAUGUUAGAGCCAAACAUCUUCAGAUAGUGGAAAAGGACCCUGAGCGAUCAAUAGUGUGGUUUUGGAAGGCUAUUAAUGCUGGUGAUAGAGUGGACAGUGCUCUAAAAGACAUGGCCGUGGUAAUGAAACAACAAGAUAGGGCAGCUGAAGCAGUGGAGGCCAUUAAGUCUUUCAGGCAUCUUUGUUCUAACCAAUCCCAAGAAUCCAUUGAUAACAUCCUGAUAGACCUUUACAAGGCCUGCGGGAAGAUGGAGGAGCACAUUGAACUAUUGAAACAAAAACUUGAAAAAGUUUACUUAGGUGAGGCUUUUAAUGGAAAGACGACGAAAAAGGCGCGUUCGCACGGAAAGAAAUUCCAAGUUACUGUCACGCAAGAGACAUCUCGGCUUUUGGGAAAUCUAGGUUGGGCUUACAUGCAACAAAACAACUACACUGCAGCUGAGGCGGCGUACCUUAAAGCGCAAAUGCUUGAUCCGGAUGCGAAUAAGGCAUGUAAUCUGGGUAUUUGUCUCAUGAAACAAGGCAGAUUGGAUGAAGCACGUAAAGUGCUUCAAGAUAUAUUAAACGAAAAAUUACCUGGUUCAAAUGAUAGCAAGACAGUGAAAAGAACUGAAGAGCUGUUGGAUGAGAUUGAGUCACAAGCAUUGUUUUCUCUUAUUAGUAGGGUUCCAUCCAUGGAGGAUGAGAUCAUUGAGAGAUUAGAACAUAUGAUGCAAGAUUGGUCUCAAUUCUAAGAAAAUACAGGCAAGUACUUUGUAUCUUGGUUAAGACUUACCGAAUAAACCAUCCAAAUGAUUGAUAGCCAUUUAAUUUGUAUUUUGAAUGGCUAGAAAUCUUUCGGAUGGUCAAUUUGAUAAGUUUUUCCUUGUACAAAUAACAUAAUAGGUUUUACUUAAUUUGUUUGUAUCAAAUUUUAUUAUGUGUUUCAACUGUUCCAUUAAUAUUUUCAAUGGUAUUGUUGGAAAUGAGAACUAAAUAAGAGGUCGUUGUCAGAGAGUUAUGUACAGAAUGUAAUAUAAAAAAUUUCAG